AUAUUAACCCGCCGCGCCCUCGCCGCCUUCUUAAAUUCUCUUCCGUUCGCUCCCCGUGGCAUUCGCUCGAAUCUCCGUUUCAGACAGCCGACCACCUGAGCAGGCAGACAUGUCGACAGCUGGCAAGGUUAUCAAGUGCAAGGCCGCCGUUGCCUGGGAGCCCAAGAAGCCGCUGACCAUUGAAGAAAUCGAGGUGGCCCCGCCACAGGCCCACGAAGUCCGCCUGAAGGUGGUCGCCACGGGCGUGUGCCACUCCGACUACUACAUCCUGUACGAAGGUGGCAAAGAGUACGGCUUUCCAUGUGUCCUGGGACAUGAAGGAGCUGGAAUUGUGGAGAGCGUUGGGCCGGGAGUGACGAGAUUCAAGCCUGGAGACAAAGUGAUCCCCCUCUUCGUUUCCCAGUGUGCGGAGUGCCCGCUGUGCCUGAGCGACAAAACGAACCAAUGUGUGAAGAACUGGACUGUUGAUGAAAAGAACAUGAAGAGCAAAAGUCGCUUCACGUGCAAAGGCAAAGUCAUCAUCCAGUUCAUGGGCACCAGCACCUUCUCCGAGUACACGGUGGUCCCAGAGGAGGCUUUGACCAAGAUUCCUGACAGCGCGCCCCUCGACAAGGUCUGCCUGCUGGGCUGUGGCAUCUCCACGGGCUACGGAGCGGCGAUCAACACGGCCAAGGUCCAGCCGGGCUCCACCUGUGCCGUGUUUGGACUCGGCGCCGUCGGCCUAGCGGCUGUCAUGGGCUGCCAGGCGGCCGGAGCGUCUCGCAUCUUCGCAGUGGACAUCAACAAGGACAAGUCCAGCAAGGCUAAGGAGUUCGGAGCCACCGACUUCAUCAACCCCAAGGACUACAAGAAGCCCAUCCAGGAGGUGCUGAUGGAGAUGACGGACGGCGGCGUCGACUUUUCUCUGGAGUGCGCCGGCAACGUGGACGUCAUGAGAAGUGCCCUCGAGUCGACGAAACGUGCCUGGGGAGUCAGCGUUAUCGUCGGCUGGGUGGACGUGAAGGACGUUUCUACUAAGCCGGUGGACCUGAUCUGUGGGCGCACCUGGAAGGGCAGCUACUUUGGAGGCUGGAAGAGCGUGCAGAGCGUUCCCAAGCUGGUCUCUGACUACAUGGAGAAGAAAAUCAAGGUGGACGAGUUCAUAACUCACACGAUGCCUUUGGAGAAAGUCAACGAGGCAUUUGAGCUGAUGGUCACUGGAAAAAGCAUUCGGACCGUCCUGAAGAUGUAAAGCAAGCGGCGACUUCCUUGGGAUCUGAGCGGACCUUCACCUUCAGCCUCGCCCAAAGUGUCCAUGAAAUAAAAAAGUGAAACCCAAUGCUGGGUGCCACUUGACUGACA